AUGUUUCAAUGCCGCCUCAACUCUCCUAUCCUUUCAUCCCAGUCCUCCCCUCCAAUCCCUUCUCUCAAAUCUCUUUUCUCUCACCUACUUGUAUCUUGCUGUGUCAUCUCUCUCCCUCUCCGAGACCCCCCCUGCAGUGACCUGAGCAACAACCGUCUGCAUGGAACCAUCCCCACUCAGCUCACCGGCCUUGUCCGCCUCACUCUCCUCAACCUGCGCAACAACCAGCUGACAGGCCCCGUACUGCAGCCCAUCCCAGCAACCCUCACCAUCUACGAUCUCGACAACAACUACCUCUCCUCAGGCUUCUCCUCCCCACCCAACUGCUCUGACCGCUCCAUCUCCUUCCGCUUCAACUGCCUCCAAACCCCCACCCAAGGCUACUCCUGCCCCACGCCUGCCACGCCCUCUGCUGUGGAUGCAGCGGUGCAGCGGCCGGAGGAGCUCUGUGAUGUGUUUUGCGGCGUGAGUGCUGCCGAUCCCCCGUGCGGCGGGCAUGGCUCGUGCUACGUGGAUGGGCCCAACAGAGUGCCCACGUGUGACUGCCACCCCGGAUUUGUCAAUGGGGAGCUGCCUGGAAGCUGCGUCCCUGAAGGAAGCCAGGAGGGCGGCCCACUGACCGUGCAGCCAACAGCAGCACAGACAGCAGUGAAGGGGAGGGCGGCAGUGGCAAGCAACGGCCGCAUCACGCUCACAGCCUCACAGCCCAACACGUGGGGUGCAGCGUUUCUCCAGCUGCCCAACCCACUCUUCUCCUUCGCCCUCAAGGCCGGUGCCUGCGGCCGCCCCUUGGCCUUCACCGUCUAUUUCUCCUUCUCCAUUCUCAAACCAGCCACCGCCCGCAGGGCAGCAGCCACAGCGGCGGGUGACGCAGGGGAUGGGUUUGCAUUUGUGAUUGCAGCCAGUGACGCUGCUACAGGCGGGAGCAGUGGCAGCAGUGACGGCAGUGGUGGCGGCUACAGUUUGGGGUAUGCAGGCAUGGAUGAGCGCAUCAUUGCAGUGGAGUUUGACACUGCCAGGAGCACCGAUGCCAACGACCCGAAUAAGAACCACGUGGGAGUGAGUGUGAGGGGCAACACCUCUUCCAUCGCAACUGCCAAAGCGCCCUUUACUCUCAACGACGGCACUCCAAAGCACGCCUGGAUCAUCUUCGAUCCUUCCCCUUCCUCCUCUGGUUCUUCUGCCAGCACUGGCUAUGGCAGCAGCAGUAGUGAAGGCACGGGGUGGCUGCGGGUGUUUCUGUCGGCCAAGGGGUCCCCUCGGCCUGGCAAGGCAGUGGUGGCGAUGCAGGUGUCGCUGUGCGAGUUCCUGCAGCCCAGUGCAGAGGAGGCGUCGUUCCUCAUGGGCUUCUCUGCUUCCUCCUCUGACUCCCCGCAGCUCCACUCCAUCCUCGCCUGGAACAUCACCACAGGUCUCCCGGAACCAACCACUCUUACAGGCCAGCAAUUUGGGUUCCGUUUCAGCGAGGCAUCGCUGGCACCAGUGGGGGCGAACCUGUUUUUCCGCUACGCCAGUGUGGGCGUGCAGGCAGUGCAGCCAGCAGGCGGAGGAGGGGGGGGCGGAGGCGGAGGGGGCGAGGAGGAGGAGGUAUGGGUUGUGAGCCAGGCGUUCUCCUGGGCCGACCAGGGGCUGCCGUGGCCUGUCCAGAACCAGGGCGCCUGUGGCGACUGCUGGGCGUACGCGGUGGUGGGCAGUGUAGAAGUGGCCUACAGCAUUCUCUUCAACCUCUCCGCAGUGCCGCUCCUCUCUCACACCCAGCUGCGUGAAGCCCUCGGAUCCUCAUGCUCGCAGGGCAACUCGCCCUCCCAGGCCUUCCAGUACCUCGUCACCCUCAUCCGCCAAGAGCAAAAGGCCACACCCGCCCCAGGAUCUAGCAAGCCAUCGGGGGGGGCGUUCAGAGUGAACGGGUUUGAGCGCACGGCGUUCCACGGCUGGUUUGGGCUGCUGCUGGCCGUGCAGCGACAGCCCGUGGUGGUGCAUGUGCAGGCCACCGCCCCCUCCUUUCUUGACUAUGAUGGGCUAUCCAAGUACGCAGACCCCUCGUGCUUCACGUACAACCUGAACCACGUGGUGCUGCUGGUGGGCUAUCGCCUCACCAGCUCAGACCCCACGUUCCCGCACAUGGCGCCGCCCUUCUGGAUCAUCCGCAACUCAUGGGGCCCGGAGUGGGGCGACGGCGGGCACAUGCGGAUGGACAUCCAGGGGGGUGACGGCGUGUGUGGGAUCAACACGCUGCCUGGGAUCUACCCGGUGGUGCACGCUGCCAAGGACCCCUGCAACGUCAACGGCACCACCAGUGGGGUGGAUGGGCCGCUCUUCAACCCCUGUGGCAACUUCACGUGCACGCCCACGCCUGAUGGGGCCAGCAACCACUGCGACUGCAACGACCCGCGAUUCGUCGAGGCGCUUCAACCGGACAACUCUCGCACCUGUGCUUACAAGGACGCAUGCAGGGCAGCAUUGCACAAUCCAUGUGCAGUGGGCACGUGUGUGAAUGAUGGCAAGGGGUCGUUCUCGUGUGUGUGCCCUCCGGGCUUCAGGCAGGGCACCACUGUUGAUGGCACCUUCUCCUGUGCUCCAGCAGCCCUCCAUAUCCUGAACCGCUCUACUAAGACCCGAAAUUCCGUGCCUUUUAAUCCCGAAUCUCUUCUCCUCGCUACCUCCAUGCCCCUCCUUGCACACGACCGUCUCCCACCAGUCUCCCUGCCUACUCUCUACCCACACACGCAUGCUCUCUCCUCUUCCCCUUGCCCAAUACCCCACCUGGCUUCCCACCCUCCUUGCUCUCCUAUCGUCCUCUGCUCUCACCAUCCUCCCACCGGAGGACAAGGCGACACAUGUGAGUCGCUAGCCACCUACUUCUCCCUCACCGCCGGCUGCCCCACUCCCACUGAGCCCUGCGCAGCAGCCUUCCAGGCGCUCAACCCCGGGCUGGACUCCUCUGAUGACAGCAACGGGGUGCUGCUGCCCAGCCAGGCGGUGUGUGUGGAGCGGCGGGCGGAGAGUGCAGCGGCGCUGCUCAUCCCGGUGUGCUCGCAGUUCUAUCUGGUGCAGGCCGGGGAGACGUGCGACCAGAUCCGCCCCUCCCCGCCGCUCUCCCCUCUCGAGUUCUUCCGCCUCAACCCUGGCAUCAAGUGCAGCCGCCUCGUGACGUUGGCAGCAUUACAGGCUUCGAGGUCUGCCCUACUCUUUGACCACACUACCCUCUGCCAUAACUCUUCCCUCCACACCGUCACUCCUCCAGUCCGCACCUCUAGACCAUGA